AAAGAAGAAGAACCUAUUCGCUAACGCCGCAUUUUCGAAAUGGCAUAUCUCGAGUUCAAGUUUGAGGACGAAAUAACUAAAUACAUUCGGGAACAAGAAUUGGCAACGUCACUGAAAUUCGUAAUAUUGGGAAAGGACAAAAGUUUUGGACAAAAGGAUGCACAGCCUUUGGCACGGAAAAAACUCAGCUGGGAGAGUAAAAGUAUCCCGUUCAAUGGUGUUCCGUUUCAAGUUGUUGGCACAAAGACGUAUGAAUGCCACCAGGGCAAAGACAGACAGACAAAAGCCAAAGAGAAAUAUGCUGCUGAAAGAGACAAGAAGGAACUUGAAGACCAUGCUUUUGUAAAGAGACGGAAACUGGUACAAAAUACCAAAAAGGUGGACUGCAAGGCUAUAAUAAACAUCGCCCACGUUAUCCGCUUUCCUGAUUUUAAGAUUGAGGAAAGUACAGUGCGCUCUAAAAAGGAGGCCUCCCAAACUCUGAAGGCAGCACUAAGUGAAACACCCAGCUCCGUGAAGGCAGAGGUUGUCUACUGCGUUAGGUUCCCCUCCCUCUCUGAGCACAGCUCACAUGCAGUUGUUGGCGAGGCAGCUCAUGUUAGGGAAGCUGUAGAUGCCAGGCUGAGAGAGAAGAUUGAGCAGCUGACUCUGUCUGGUGUGAGAAAGAUGACUGAAAUGAAGUGUCAUCUGAACACCUUUGUAGUGGAAGAGCUUUUCCUUGGAGAGCAGCCCCUCCACCUACUCGCAGGCGCUAUUACCCCACUGACAGUGACAUAAGAAAUGUCAUGUUUAAGACCAAGCGGGCCACCGGAGACUCCAACAUUGACCGUCCAUACGAAGGUCCAUCUGGCAGAGGAAAGAAGAGGUCCUCUAGGAAGCUGUUGCGGUUACGGAGGCAAUGUGCAGGAUAUCUUAAAGAGAUCACAGAACUCACUUAUCAUCUGGAAGAGGAACAGUACGUGACUGACCUGUCUUCACAGCUCAGAAGCGUGUUGCUGGAUAUGAAGGCCCAUGUUCCACAGGAUAAAGACCUUCCACUGACCUUUUCUCCAAGGAAGAGAAAAGCUGAGAUGGACAUGGAUCUCAUUCCAACCAAGAGUGCAUCACACCCUUUCAUAGAUGGGUUAGAACAGCACACAGAGGACAUAGUGAGUGUGGAUACCUUGUUGGCAUUGAGCCUAGGGUAGUAGGGCUGCGUGGAUACCUUGUUGGCAUUGAGCCUAGGGUAGUAGGGCGGUGUGGAUACCUUGUUGGCAUUGAGCCUAGGGUAGUAGGGCUGAGUGGAUACCUUGUUGGCAUUGAGCCUAGGGUAGUAGGGCUGCGUGGAUACCUUGUUGGCAUUGAGCCUAGGUUAGUCGGGCUGAGUGGAUACCUUGUUGGCAUUGAGCCUAGGGUAGUAGGGCUGAGUGGAUACCUUGUUGGCAUUGAGCCUAGGGUAGUAGGGCUGAGUGGAUACCUUGUUGGCAUUGAGCCUAGGGUAGUAGGGCUGAGUGGAUACCUUGUUGGUAUUUAGCCUAGGGUAGUAGGGCUGCGUGGAUACCUUGUUGGUAUUUAGCCUAGGGUAGUAGGGCUGCGUGGAUACCUUGUUGGCAUUGAGCCUAGGGUAGUAGGGCUGAGUGGAUACCUUGUUGGCAUUGAGCCUAGGGUAGUAGGGCUGAGUGGAUACCUUGUUGGUAUUUAGCCUAGGGUAGUAGGGCUGAGUGGAUACCUUGUUGGUAUUUAGCCUAGGGUAGUAGGGCUGAGUGGAUACGUUGUUGGUAUUUACACUAAGUUGACUAUGCCUUUAAACAGCUUGGAAAAUUCCAGAAAAUGAUGUUAUGGUUUUAGAAGCUUCUGACUAAUUGACAUCAUUUGAGCCAAUUGGAGGUGUACCUGUGGAUUUAUUUCAAGGCCCACCUUCAAACUCAUUGCCUCUUUGCUUGACAUCAUGGGAAAAUCAAAAGAAAUCAGCCAAGAUCUCAGAUCCCACAUGUCUGGUUCAUCCUUGGGAGCAAUUUCCAAAUGCCUGAAGGGUACCACGUUCAUCUGUACAAACAAUAGUACGCAAGUAUAAACACCAUGGGACCACGCAGCCAUCAUACCACUCGGGAAGGAGACUGUCUCCUAGAUGUGAAAUGGCCAGCUAGAUUAAAGUUAUACUGUUACAUUAACAACUUCAUAGAAACAUGUUGUUUUCUCAUCUGUGAUGGAAAACAAAUGCAUGACUAUAGUAAGUCAUUGAGGAGGCAUAUAAACACACUGUUCCACUCAUCUGCAGCUUCUCUGUACAUUUAUUGUAUUAUGGUAUGUCCUGAUGCCUAGUCACUUUCCCCUGCACAUUUCUCCUUGACCUGGUACUUCCUGUAUAUAGUUGCACAUUUAUCUCCUUGACCUGGUACUUCCUGUAUAUAGUUGCACAUUCUCCUUGACCUGGUACUUCCUGUAUAUAGUUGCACAUUGAUCUGGUAAUCCCUGUAUAUAGCUGCACAUUGAUCUGGUACUUCCUGUAUAUAGUUGCACAUUGAUCUGGUAAUCCCUGUAUAUAGCUGCACAUUGAUCUGGUAAUCCCUGUAUAUAGCUGCACAUUGAUCUGGUACUGGUAAUCCCUGUAUAUAGCUGCACAUUGAUCUGGUAAUCCCUGUAUAUAGCUGCACAUUGAUCUGGUAAUCCCUGUAUAUAGCUGCACAUUGAUCUGGUACUUCCUGUAUAUAGCUGCACAUUGAUCUGGUAAUCCCUGUAUAUAGCUGCACAUUGAUCUGGUAAUCCCUGUAUAUAGCUGCACAUUGAUCUGGUACUUCCUGUAUAUAGCUGCACAUUGAUCUGGUAAUCCCUGUAUAUAGUUGCACAUUGAUCUGGUAAUCCCUGUAUAUAGCUGCACAUUGAUCUGGUAAUCCCUGUAUAUAGCUGCACAUUGAUCUGGUAAUCCCUGUAUAUAGCUGCACAUUGAUCUGGUAAUCCCUGUAUAUAGUUGCACAUUGAUCUGGUACUGGUAAUCCCUGUAUAUAGUUGCACAUUGAUCUGGUAAUCCCUGUAUAUAGUUGCACAUUGAUCUGGUAAUCCCUGUAUAUAGCUCCACAUUGAUCUGGUAAUCCCUGUAUAUAGUUGCACAUUGAUCUGGUAAUCCCUGUAUAUAGCUGCACAUUGAUCUGGUAAUCCCUGUAUAUUGCUGCACAUUGAUCUGGUAAUCCCUGUAUAUAGUUGCACAUUGAUCUGGUAAUCCCUGUAUAUAGCUCCACAUUGAUCUGGUAAUCCCUGUAUAUAGUUGCACAUUGAUCUGGUAAUCCCUGUAUAUAGCUGCACAUUGAUCUGGUAAUCCCUGUAUAUAGCUGCACAUUGAUCUGGUAAUUCCUGUAUAUAGCGUUAUUAUUGUGUAUUCUAUUCCUCUUGUUACAAUCCCCAUGUUUUUAAAAAUAUUUUUAAACUUUGAAUCGUUGUGAAGGCCUGUAAGCAAGAAUUUCACGGUUAAGUCUACACCCGUUAUAUUCGGCGCAUGUGACAAAUAAAAUUUGUUUUGAAGUGCCCAAAUAAAGUAACAGGGUUGCCCUUAAAAGUGUUGACGUUUAAUCUUAAAUCAGACCAUUUCUAAAUAUGCAUUAAUGACCGUUUCUUUGAAGCUGUGUACGUGUUACUUGUGGAUUUUUUUUGAAAACAAAAAUUGAAAAUCAAGAUGUAUCAAUUUGUUUGUUUUUAUAAUGGCAUGUAGAUAUUGGAGUAAACCUAUUUUGGGUUAAAACAACUAACUAUGAGUAAAUUUCCAACAUGAUUAGCUUGCACUCUGA